GCUCCAUAAUCAUGGCUGUGUAAUAACAGUGGGAUCAUCAUUGUAUACGUAAUAAAAUGACAUUAUGAAUAAAAAUAUAAUUUGUGUUCUGAUAUAUCCAGUGUUCUUGUUGUUGUGAUUGACGUGUCUUGGUUGCUGUAAAGUAACUUUCAUCUCUAUUUGGAAUUCACCCUUUUAUUCUGAAUGAUUACAAACCGGAAGUCCUAUAUUGGCCGCGAGCUGUUCACGAGCUCUUGGAUAGAGCUAGCUUAGUCGAGUUCGUCUCCUCAACCUCCGGCUGCUAUUGUUCAUGGUCGUGUGCUGGACUUCUCUCCGGAGACAUGGACACCACAAUGUUUCAGUUGAGGUCGUUCGUUCACCAGCGGCUGUACACAGCGGCGGAGGAGAUCCUCGGAGAGGUUCAGAAAACCAUAACGCUGGCCAUGUACGAAGCAGAAGUCAGUCGGUCCAAAGGGGAGGUGGAAAGUCUACGGACCCAGCUGGACUUCCUGCGAAAGAAAUCCGCUGCAGAGCCUUCACUGACCAGCAGGACAGGGACACAUGGAGAAGAGUGUGACCCAGCAGUGAUGCAGGAGAACCCAGGACCCUCAACACCUGAUGAGUCCAGUCUGGGUGCUGAGAUCCCAGGAGCCUCUCAAACCAGUGCAGAACCGGACCAAAAUAAUUGGAACUACUGCUUGAUUCAGACAGACUUCUUGAUGACCGAGAUAAAAGAAGAGCAGGAGGAAAUUUGGGGUGACGGUCAAACACAGAUGAUGGUUUUUCCCUCUCCUGAAAUUGUAAAAAGUGAGAUCGAUCAGCCCGAGACACAAGCGUCGAAUGAAAUGCAGCCAAUUUCUUCAGAUGUCUCUGCAGCUGCUGAGUGUGAGAACCAUGACAGUGACGGAGAGUUGGUGGAUAGCAAAGGAGAACAGACCCAAAAAAAGAAACAGAAAGGAAAGAUUUUACAAGGGCAAAGUGGCAGCGCGGUUGAGAAGGACGAAGGAACAUUGGCCGAUGACAAAAGUCCGGCUAAAGGUGACAAGGGUCGCAGUUUUUGCCAUUUUUGUGGCAAGGCAUUCCAGUACAUCGGCUCUUUGAUGAAGCACAUAAAAUCACAUGAAAACAAUUUUGAUUGCACCGUUUGUGGGAUGACAUGCCAAUCUUCAAAUGAGCUGAUAACUCAUGUGAAAAGUUCUCACAGCAAAACACUUUUUUGUGGCACUUGUGGAAAGACUUUUGCCAAUAGCCGUUGUCUCCGACUACAUGAAAAAGUACACACAGACAAAAAAGAGUUUGUGUGUCAAGAAUGCGGCAAGACGUUUUACCGAAGAGAGCAUCUCAUCGUGCAUGUGAGGACCCAUUCUGGGGAGAAGCCUUAUCACUGUGAAAUUUGUGGGAAAGCAUUCAGUCAGAGCCAGAACCUAACAAUUCAUAAAAGAAGUCAUUCAGGGGAGAAACCGUAUCAAUGUGGCCUGUGUGGCAAACUUUUUAACACAAGCAGUCAUCUCAAAAUACACAUGAGAUACCAUUCAGGCGAAAAACCGUACCCGUGUGAUAUUUGUGGGAAAUGUUUUACCCAAAGCGGACAGAUGACUCGACAUAGGACCACACAUACAGGAGAGAGGCCGUAUGGCUGCAGUAUUUGUGGCAUGAGAUACAGGUUUGCACCAAAUCUGAAGGUGCACUUGCAAACUCAUAAAAAGUCCCCCACUGGAUGAAAACAGACACACAAUCUCAGAGCUCAAUUACAAAUAACUGGUAAAUUAGAUGAAUUUUGAGGAAUAAUUGAAAGAGCUCUUUUAUUUGUCAAGGAGAAAAAACACAAUCUUAAUAUCUUUGUGUUUAACUUUUAUAUUUAGUGUUGGUACAUGUUACACUGCUGAAAUAUGCAGCACUUUUUUAAGAAGGUUAAAUGAUUCCCACAGGUAGAAACCGGUAUCACUUAUCCCAUCAGAGUGCCGAGCAGCAUCUCUGGAGAUGCUCUUUUUUUACAUUUCAUGUUUGUAUUAUCGAAUGAUGUUCAUUGUUAACGCUUCCAAUGGUGAAACGAUCCACAUGGGCGAUAAUAAAGUUUAGUGUCAAAUCACAA